AGCACACUUUGAGAUGCCAGGUGUUCGAUGUUCAUACACAAAUUGCCACGUACUUUCAUCACAGCACUACAGCCAUAUCAUCAUAUCGAUCAAGUCGAAACAUAACUUGAUUUACUACUACCUCCCUUUUCGAGGAUGGGUGAUUUGGAUAUGUGAAAGAUUACGCAAGACAGGACUUAGGUGCAUGGUGUCGAUGAUACAGCGGCUGCCUGGACCACUAUACAAGUGGGCGACGUGGUGCAGGCAUGCUAUCCCCAAACUCUUGGCUUCACAAAGAUACAGAGCCUUGCUGCUGGCGUCGCUAAUCAUGGCUAGUGUCCUCGUGUUGGCCGUCCCCAUCGUGCCGGAAAAGCUCCUUGGCAUCCGAACACGUGAACAAAUCCUAGACUCCUUCAACGGCCUCAACAAUUCGAGCCUCGGUGGUGGUGAAGAAGCAACGUUUCAACCUUUCUCUGACGAUAAGACUCAUCAUGUCUUUAAGAGACAUAUUCCACACAAGUUUUGGGCUCGUGCAAGGCCGCACAAUAAAUUCAAAAAGAAGAAACUUAAGUCACAUGGUUAUUUAUUAAAUAAUCAGAUGUCAAAGAGAGAUUUCGAGACAAAAAAAUUGCACCAAGAUAAUAUAUAAUAAUCACCACCACAUUCAGUAAUCAUCUCAUGACACAUUUUCAUUGUCAUUUUAGUAUUUUCCUCUAGUUACUCUGGUGAAGUUAUUUUCAUGCAUUGUUAUUCUUAAACUAAGGCAAUCCAUGACACCUGUCACUAGUGUGAAGGCGAAUCUCAUAUACAUACUUAAUGUGAUAUCUGGGAGAAUAGUAAUACCACUUGAGGGAAGUCCUCUGUAACACACACACACAUUAAUGAAAAGAAAGUGUUACAUAUUGA